AUGGUGUCUCACAACCCCUCGAAGCCCUCGCAUGGGCCGUCCGGCUCGCGCUCCUCGCAGCCGCCCGCCCACCCGGGCACGCCCCGCCACGAGAAGAAGGUCUCGACGUCGUCCAACCACGCGCCCCAGACGCGUGACCGCAACGCCGACCGCGAGCAGCGCGAGCAGCGGCCCAGCCGCGACGGCGCAGCGCAGCGGGCGGCGCAGGAUGUCGUCGGCCUCAAGGACUACCAGCUGGGCGACUGCCUGGGUAAGGGCGCCUUUGGCAGCGUCUACCGUGCCCUCAACUGGGGCACCGGCGAGACGGUCGCCAUCAAGCAGGUGCGCCUCGAGAACCUGGGCGCCGCCGACCUGAAGAACAUGGAGAUGGAGAUCGACCUGCUGAAGAACCUGAACCACUCCAACAUCGUCAAGUAUCAGGGCUUCGUGCGCAGCUCCGACAGUCUGUACAUCAUCCUGGAGUACUGCGAGAACGGCUCGCUGCACAGCAUCUGCAAGAACUUUGGAAAGUUUCCGGAAAACCUGGUCGCCCUGUACAUGUCCCAGGUCCUACACGGCCUGCUCUACCUCCACGAGCAGGGUGUCAUCCACAGGGACAUCAAGGGCGCCAACAUUUUGACCACCAAGGAGGGGCUGGUGAAGCUGGCAGACUUUGGCGUGGCCACCAAGCAGUCUGGGCUCGACCAGUCGAGCGUUGUGGGCACGCCGUACUGGAUGGCGCCCGAGGUCAUCGAGCUGUCUGGCGCCACCACUGCCUCGGACAUCUGGAGCGUUGGUUGCACCGUCAUCGAGCUGAUCGAGGGGAAGCCGCCAUACCACAAGCUGCAGCCAAUGCAGGCCCUGUUCAGAAUCGUCAACGACGAGCACCCGCCAAUACCUGGCAGUGCCUCGCCGCUGCUCCGCGAGUUCCUCAUGGAGUGCUUCCAAAAGAACCCCACCCUGCGUAUCUCUGCGAAGCGACUGCUCAAGCACCCCUGGAUCAUGAGCGUGAAGAAGACGGUCGCCGCCGUGCCCGCAAAACCCACCGAAUACCAAGAAGCCGUCAAGUCUGUGCAGGAGUGGAACGAGGCGCUCAAGUCGCCAAACUCGCUGCGCAAAAGUUCACGACUCGCGUCUGGCGUGCAGAAACCUUCGCAGCAUUUUCCGUCCCCCGCACAUGCGAACGGUGCUGCGUUGGCGGCUCGCAGGCCACCAGCGAACGUCGAUCAGCUCAACAUCUCAAAGUCGAGGCCCACCGCUGAAGCCUUUCGCUCACCAGAUCUCGACCAGGACGACAAUUGGGAUAAUGACUUCGCGGAGAGUAUUUCGUCGCGCGCCUUGAAGAUGCCAUCGCACCGCAAACCACAAGACAAUUUCGGAGGGCUGUUCUCAGGAGACAAGUUGAAGGCAUUCGCCAGCUUUGAGGCUGUGGUUGACGGUCCGGAUGGUGGCGAUGGCGAAGCCACAAUGAGGAGUCCAUUGAACCUGCAGCACCUCCAGGGAGUUGCUAGCCCCUUCAGCCCACGCCAACCGGCCAAAGCGAGGCCUGGGACCCCCAAGACAAAGUCCUCAACGUCCGCGUCGACAUCGACCUCCAACUCCAGGUCAUCAUCGAACGCGUCACAUCAUGAAGAACGUCGUAGCUACGAUGCUCAACCCAAGACCGCCUUUCUGCGCGGCGUGCCGCAGGUGUCCCAAGCCUCCAAACCGAGGCUAGUCGCGCCCAACCGAAAUAGUCAGCUCUUCCGCGAGAGCUCAGAGGAGGAAGAUUACUCGGAUCUAAUGCCUACAGAUGAGGAUGCUUUCGAGAAGCGCGUCCAAGCGUUGCAGCACUCGCAGCCCUUUGUGGUCGUGCCUCAACAGCCUCAGUUUGCGACGGCGACCUCGGGCUCACCUGCCGACACGUUCUCGCCACGCCUGUUCCAUCCUAGCGAUCUCAAGUCUGCACCGAAGCCAAGAGAUGCCAAGGGCAAUGGCACUAUAAAGCAGCGGUCCGAGAGUACAACUUCAAACCGCAAGUUGCAUCGUACGCAAUCGGAGAUUGAGAUUCAGAAGUAUGCUGAAGAUGAAGGAGAUGACUUCUCUGAGAUUGUUGGAGAUAUCAAAGGCGGUCCUCAGUCGGUGCUCACUACAACAGCGGAGAGUGACAGUGGUAGCGAGCACAGCAGUCUUGCCAUGGUCACAACGAAGGUGUCGGGUUCUUUCAUGAUCGCGGACGAGGACGACAUGGAUCCAUUUGCGAACCUCGAAGACGGUCUUGACACCAUCAACCUCGAGAAUAACGUCGCUCGAGAUCGCGAUGACCGAUUGACGAAAUUGACGGAGCAUCUAGUCAGUUGCUUGAAGCUUAGUCAGCCAGACGACGUCCUCCUCGAUAUCGCAGAUCAGCUCCUUCAGGUCCUGUACGAGGCACCAGAUAAGCGCUCCAUCAUUCUAAGAAGCCAUGGUAUGCUGCCUGUGUUAGAGAUACUGGGCAACAUCCCGCCCCACGACCUCGUACUACCCCUGCUCAAGAUCAUCAACUUGAUCAUCUUGGAGGACGCAGAGGCGCAGGAAAGCCUGUCCUUCUUGGGAGGCAUACCCACCAUCUGUCAAUUUGCGUACAAGAGGUACCCCAGUGACAUCCGCAAGGAAGCCGCAGCUUUUGUGCGGCAGAUGUACCAGACCAGCACGCUAACCAUGCAGAUGUUCAUUGGCUGCGGGGGCAUCAACGUGCUGGUUGAAUUCCUCGAAGAAGACAUUGACGCUGAGCGCGACCUAGUCCUGAUUGGUGUCAAUGGAGUGUAUGGCGUCUUUGAGCUGCAAGGACCUACACCAAAGAAUGACUUCUGUCGAAUCUUCAGCAGGAGCAGUGUCUUGUACCCGCUCUCCCUUGUCCUCAACAGAAUGGUCGAGGAGGACGGUGAGGUCGCUAGACUCAUCGUUGGCAGGAUCGUGCACAUCUUCCUCAUCUUCAGUCAAGCGGAGAGCCAUGUAAAGGAUCUCGUGGCCGACCGCAUGAUCUUGAAGCGUGUCCUCAAGGACCUGCGCAAGAUGGCGCCGCCCCAUCAGAUCACGAUGCUGAAGUUCAUCAAGAACCUCAGCUCGCUUUCCUCGACUCACGAAGCACUACAGAACUCCAACGCAAUCGACAUCCUUAUCGAGCUGCUGAAGGUCACGCGCCAGUCUGGAUCGAAGACGAGUAGCAGAACCGGUAACGACUCGAACCGCAUGCCACCCUUCCAGCGCGAGAUCUCGAAUCAGAUCUUGAACACAAUGUACAACCUCUGCCGCCACAACAAGAGCAGGCAGGAAGAGGCAGCAUUAUCCGACAUCAUCCCGCUUCUGAAGGAUGUUGUCAACGAUGGUGGACCCCUGAAAGAAUUUGCAUUGCCUGUGUUGCUCGAGAUGGUCAACUCUGGCAAGGUCUCUCGAAAGAUGCUUUGGGACGCAAAGGGUCUUGCAUUCUACGUGUCGCUGCUUGGCGAUGUCAAUUGGGCUGUGACGGCUCUGGACGCCAUCUUUGUUUGGCUGCAGGAAGAAACGGCACGAGUGGAGCAGUACCUACUCUCCGCCCAAUCGAAUUUUACCACAGCGAUCAUCACAGCUUACACAUCGUCCGGACCAUCGCGAUCCACAUUUGAGAACAUGCUUGAGCCGCUGCAGAAGCUUGUCCGCCUCUCGCCGCCUAUCGCCGCGUCGCUUGCGGUCCCUGAGAUCUUUUCACGCACCGAGCAGAAGCUUAAUCAUAAAGAUGCUGUCACACGAUUGAAUCUGCUUCGUAUUCUGCGAACGAUCUGCGACGCAAAGGAGGAGGGGUGUUGGCUCAUUCGUGCCUUCGGCUGUUAUGAGCGCAUCACCUGGCUCAUGGAGCAGGACCCUGCUGUUCUGGUGCGGCAGAUGGCCGAGGAGCUUGUCCAAGCCUGUGACGAAGUCGAGCUCAAUGGGCUCAACACAGCGUCUAGCGGCAAACGUAGCCUUAGUCGGGCAUCAAACAUGGGCAUGAACCUUCGCCGCCCCCCCUCCUCAUCUGGUCGCCGCGACGGCUCCGGCUCAAGCAGCGGCUCCACACUAGCCAGCACAGGACUCGGCCUCACACCACCCACUCCAACAAGCCUCAAGGGCGGCAACUUCCUCGUCCCCCCAAUGUCCACACCAGGGAGCGGCCGCGACCGCCACAUCACACGCACCCAAUCCUCCAGCUCCAUGUGGGACCUCGCAGAAGACCCCAACACCACGCCGCAAUCAGCCAGCCGAUCCUCCAAAGCCCCCGUCCUCGCGCGCUCAACGACCUCCUUCGCCGCCCUCGCGAGUCCCACAACAACACCCCGUCCCUCCACCGCACGUCCCGCGUCACGCGAUGCAACAGCAUCCCUCCUACAUCUGCAAGCGAAUUCCCGCUCCGGUGCGCCAGAGCGCUCCCGCCUCCCGAAAGCGCGCGCGCAGCACGCUGCCGGGCGUCUGGGCGAGGCCAUCUCGAAGCGGCGCCAGAGCAACUUCAAUCUCGAGAACGACGCGCCAGGGAACGGGCAAACCCUCGCCGCGGGCGCACCGCCGCUGCCGCUGCCGCGCCUGCAGAUCGUGCGCCGCAGACGCGACACCAGCGGCGGCGAGCUGAGCAGCGUUAACGGCGACAGGAGAGGCAGCGCCGCGGACUCGACAGCAGGGUAG